AUGAGUACUACUUGCGUCGUCUGCAACACCCCGACCAAUACACGAUGUGCAAGAUGCAAGAGCGUCUAUUAUUGCAGUAAGGCGCACAUAGCGCAGGACUGGCCCGUUCACAAAGUAUUCUGCAAGCGAAUCAGCGAAGCUGGAACAAACCCCUUCGACGCUAUUCUGUUUGGCGUUAAUGAAAGGCUCAUCAAACUUCCUUGGACGUGGGGUCCCCUUGAAGAGGGGGUAGGAAGAAGCUGGCAGAAUCUGGACGACGGGCCAUGGUUUAAGGGCAGAGAUAGCUUUAUCCGCACGCUAUAUGUUCAGAAGUUUGGGGCUAAUGGACCAUCCCUUGGUCGCACUCUUGCAAUCCUAUAUGACGAUAACUUUUUGGUCAACGGCUCCUCGAUCAAUCGGUGUAUUCAGAGUGUUGUUCGAGGCGACUCUGUACACCCUUGGGCGGGGAACAUUCUGGCUCUUAGGGCGCAGGGAAUGCCCUCAGAUUGGUAUAACAAUGCAGUUAUGGAGGAGGAUUUAGCCCCGCUGAUACGAUAUUUUGAGGAUUAUGGAAAAUAG